CAUGUUAGCCACAUACUGAAGCAUGUGUGCCGCCAAACGGUUGACUCGUUCCUGAAAGUGCCUCUGUGCCGUGGACCCCACGACUUAGAUGUACGUGAACACAACCAAGUAAGGAAUGUGAAACCAUAAGAAUUUCCGGCCGCCUUGACAGAACAUUUUGCUCAAUGUGUUGUAAUUGGUUUCCUGAACGUGGUUGACGAAACACGAUUGGACACCGGUCAGCUGGGAUGGGGGGGAAAUGAGUGAUAUGGAACUUCAACUUUGUCCUCUGAAUCAUACUUAGACAUUCUCCUAACGCUCAAGCCACAGAGGAGUGUAUUGAUCAGACCGAGUGUUUGGAUUCUGCGUUCUUUCACUGAUAUUUCAUCACCUUGUUGGAUUAUCAACACUGGGCACGGUUAGAGUGUGACAAGCUCGCCUUCAGGUUGAGAGGAGAGCCAAACUAUUUUUGUCAGGUCUCGGCGGAGAACAAGUGAAAGCUGGGAUGGAUCUCAUUGAUCUGCUGUUCAGGACCAAAGAUGAACCCGGCCACGGCAAGACACCUUGGACCAUCAGUAUGUGUGACGCGCUGAGCCCAGAGGGAAAAAGUACGGAAGACUUUUUGGACUUACUGCUGGCUGGGAGCGAGUCUUCCUCAGGUCCGACGUCCCCCCCGUGGUCACCCUGCACCCUGGACAGCGAAAUGUGCGAGGAGCCAUUGGCAGACAGCCUCCGACUGCCUUCCUGCACUUCAUCUCCAGGCUUGGACAUGCCGCUGCCUCACCUCACAUGCGUGCAGCUUCCACCCUACAAGCGUGAAAACGAGAUCACGUCCGAUGUUUCCAUUGAUCUGGGCUGGGAGUCUGACAGCAUCCAGGAAAAACUGGGAAUGGCAUAUUACCUCGCAUCGAAUCAAAGUACCACCACUUCGUCCAGUCAGACGCUCACGGUGAAGGACUUGCUCUUAUCCAAUCUCGGAGAGAAGAGAAACCCCCAGCAUCCCCUGCAAGAGCUUGUUCUUAAUGAGGACGAGAAGAAACUUCUGGCAAAAGAAGGCAUUAACUUGCCAAGCGAGCUGCCUCUGUCCAAGUGUGAAGAGCGCGUUUUGAAGAAGAUCCGUCGGAAAAUACGCAACAAGCGCUCGGCUCAAGAGAGCCGGAAAAAGAAGAGGGAAUACGUGGAUAGUCUGGAAGAAAGGAUGUCUGCAUGCAGCGCUCACAACCUCCAGCUGCAGAGAAAGAUCCACAGACUGGAGGAGACAAACACCGCCCUGUUAGAGCAGCUGAGCCAGCUCCAAGCGCUUCUUCCCAACAGCUCCGGCAAAACAACGCAAAGGGGCACCUGCCUCUUGGUUUUGCUUCUCUCCAUCUCUCUCAUUAUUUCCUCAAAUAUGAAGCCGGAUUCAUACAGCCAACUGAGCCAAGAAGAGUACACAGAGACCUCAGGUGUGUAUUUAGGAAUGCAGGGUCGCCUAUUUAAGAAGAUCGGGGCUUCGGCGGAGACUCGAUCCGCGUCUGAGGAAUUCUAUGAUCACUUCACAGUCGUCGAAAUCGUGAAUAUGACACCAAAAAAAAAAAAAACGGCACUUAAACGGCAAAAUACUUGUCACUCAUCAGAGAUGCUGACAGUUGGCGGUCAGAAGUUUUGCGCUGAGCCACCGAACAGAGGACGGAAAAAUGUUGAGUAAUGUGACAUCUGAUUGGUUAAAAAAAAAAAGCUCCUCAAUCUUUUAAUUUAAAGAGCACU